CUUUCCUUUCCUUUCCUUUCCUUUCCCUUCCCUUCUCUCACAGCACCACAAACGCGACCCCCUUUUUGUUAUUAAUAUUAUUCUUCUCUCAUUUUUUUCUCACAAGCAUCUUCUUUGUCGACUUUGACCCUUUUUGACUGUGUAGCUGAAUGGACGUAGCAGUGGACGCGGCCUCGUCAUUGUCGGCCAAUGGAGCACAGCGUCGAUUGCCAACUGCAUCCAUGGCGGUGACCCCGGCGACCUCCACCCCGUCGGCAUCGGCAUCGACGUCUGCUACUCAUGCUGAUACUGCCAGUGAUGCUGCGCCUGUGGUGCCUGCGCUGGGCCUCUCGCUGCCGGCCUCGGCGUUCGUCGACGGCUAUGCUCAACAACAGCAGCAAUCACUCGCGCUGCAUCCCCACUACCACCACCACCAGCUCAACCACCACCAUCAUCAUCAUCAUCAGCAGCAGCAGCAGCAGGAUGACCCCUCGCAGCAGCAGCAGUUCCGUGACUGGCUGCUGCCGACCCUCGACCGCGUCCGCCAGCUGUCCCAACCCCAGCUGCGUGAGCUCCUCGCUGCCAUCCUCGGCCACCCGUCAUCACCACAACCACCAUCACGCUCAUCAUCAUCAUCAUCAUCAUCAUCAGAACAGGCUGCUGAUUCUACUACUGCUGCUGCUGCUGCUGAUCCUGCUGAUGCACUCCCGCCAGUCCCAAUCGACCCGGCAACGCUCUCGCACGUCUACCGCCUCGUCGAGCCGCGCUUGCGCAUCGACUUUAUCUCACAUCUGCCAGAGCACCUGGCCAAGCACAUCCUGUCGUUCUGCGACGCAACGCGCCUCGCCACCGCCGCGCAGGUCUCGCGCACAUGGAGGGACGUAGCCAACGACGACUCGCUCUGGCACCGCAUGUGCGCGCAGCACAUCAACCGCAAGUGCCACAAGUGCGGAUGGGGCCUCCCGCUCAUCAUGGACAUGCCGGACGACGCGGCCGUCGCUCAUGCUGCCGCCACCGCCGCUGCCUCAGGCUCGGAAAUCCAGCCGUCCAACCCGCGCACCAAGCGUCCGCGCCGCCGCUGGAAGGACAUUUACGUCGAGCGUCUCUGCAUUGAGCGAAACUGGAGAAAAGGCGUCUACACGGUGCGCAAGCUGCUGCACCCGGACGGCGUCUACUGCCUGCAGUUUGACGACAAGAAGAUUGUCUCUGGCGGGUACGACGGCACCAUCCGCAUCUGGGACACGCGAACGGGAGACUGCAAGAGCGUGCUUGAAGGACACACGCGCGCAGUGCGGUGUCUCCAGUUUGACCGCGUCAAGAUCAUUUCGGGCUCGAUGGACGGCACAGUCAAGAUUUGGAAUAUUGAAUCCGGCGACUGCGUCCGCACGCUCGAGGGCCACACUGGCGGCGUGCUGUCGCUCCAGUUUGACGAUACCAAGCUCGUUACGGGCUCGGCCGAUUCCACGAUCCGCGUUUGGUCGUUUGCAGAUGGCCAAUGUCGCGUGCUGCAUGGGCAUUCCGAUUGGGUGAACUGCGUGCGAAUCCACCACAACCAGAUUCUGUCUGGCUCGGAUGACGGCACCAUCCGUGUUUGGGACAUUCAAAAGCCCGAGUGCGUCAAAAGCAUGGAGGGCCAUCUUGCCGAGGUCCAAUGUUUGCAAAUGUCCCACGGCACCGUGGUCAGCGGGAGCCUCGACAACACUGUUCGUGUCUGGAAUCUUGAGACGGGGCAAUGCACGCAGACCCUAUUCGGGCACACUGCUGGCGUUUGGUGCUUGCAGUUUGACAACUUGCGAAUUGUGACGGCCAGCCACGACCACUCUGUCAAGAUUUGGGACUUGGAAUCGGGCACUCUCAUGUACACACUCAAUAGCCAUCUCGCGCCCGUCAACUUUUUGCAGUUCAAUGACAGCAAGAUUGUCACUGGAGCGGAAGACGGCGUGAUUAAAAUCUGGGACUUUGGCGUCAACUUGUAGCCUCUUGUGUUGUUGGUUUGUGUUGAAGUGUGUUUUGUGCUCUGUGCUCUGCUUUUCUUCCUUCUUCCUUCUUCCUUCUUCGUUUUGUUGGAUUGGUGAGAUCCAAGUGAUCUUUUUUGCACCGCCCUUCUGCUUCUUCUUCUUCUUCUUCUUCUUCUUCUUCUUCGU